CGCCGUUAAACAAACACCUUGCUAUGCCCAGCGCGUUGGUCGGAGACAAGGAGUGGUAACGGAAUGGUACAGCCGCGAUUCGUCCGUCCGUCACCGUCAUCGUCUUCUUCCGGUGCCGGAGAACCAAACUCCUCCAAUCUAUACGUCGCGAAUUGCGGCCCGGCGGUAGGACUGUCACACGACGCGAUCGCGGCGGUUUUCGCUGCUUUCGGGGAAGUGAAGGGCGUUUACGCGGCGGACGAGAGCGGCGUUCGUGUCAUCGUCUCCUUUUCGGAUCCUUUCUCGGCGAAAUCCGCUCUAGAAGCAUUGGUUGGUCGGCCAUGUUCGGACCUCGAUGGACGGACUUUGCAUAUUCGAUACUCGGUUCUUCAAUUAUCUUCCCAGACGCAGGUAAAUGAUUGUGUCCCAGUGUUUUUGGCUGAUUCAGAAUUGAACAUCCCAGGGCUUUUCCUUUUACCGGAUUUCGUCAGUUCCGAAGAAGAACAGCAACUGCUUGCAGCUGUUGAUUCCAAGCCUUGGAUUGGUCUCGCCAAACGGCGUGUUCAACACUACGGAUACGAGUUUUGUUACGGGACAAGAAAUGUUGAUACCAAGAAACAUCUCGGCGAGCUUCCAGCGUUUGUUUCUCCUAUACUGGAAAGAAUCUCGUUGUUCCCGAACCUUGACUGCGACCCAGAAAGCUUGAAUCUUGACCAAUUAACGGUAAAUGAGUACCCAUCUGGUGUGGGAUUAUCGCCACACAUUGACACGCAUUCAGCAUUUGAAGAUUGCAUUUUCAGCCUUUCUUUAGCUGGUCCCUGUAUUAUGGAAUUCAGAAGAUACUCUGUUUCCACAUGGAAAGUAGCCUCAACCACCGAUGAUGAUAAGUCUGAUCAUCCCACUUGCAUCAAGAAAGCUUUAUAUCUUCCUCCUCGGUCUAUGCUCUUGUUAUCCGGGGAAGCACGCUAUGCUUGGAACCACUACAUUCCACAUCACAAGAUUGAUAAGGUGAAGGAUAAAGUGAUCAGAAGAAGUCCAAGAAGGGUAUCUUUCACAUUUCGGAAGGUAAGAGAUCAUCCUUGCAGGUGUAAGUACCCACAAUACUGUGAUUCUCAGCAACAGAGAUAACUGAGGAAGAGGAGAGAAUAAAAUGAUUUUACUGAAAUGAAGAAUCUGUUUGGAAGAGACGGAAAAGAAACAAGAAUUUUGUUAGUUGUUUACUCUUUAAGUUUCAAUAUUUGAGUAGAUUAUUGAGUUUAUAUCAUGUUUUGGUUAUUCAAAUGGUCACUUGAGACUCGAGAGAUGAAGGAAAAACAGGCUGAUUUAUAGAUAUAUUUUAUAAGUAUAUGUACAGUAGUAUAAAUUUUGUAUUGUCUUUACUGUUGAGAUCAAAAGAAACAAGAC